AGGAGGGUGGUAGAGAGGGAUUCAGCAGAGAUGAGCAGAAGUAACUGGGAGGAAGAGUGAUAGAGCGUGAUCAUCAUGAGACGAGCUAAAAGCGCAGGGUGAGGAUUAUUUUUUUUACCAAAAAGCAGCACAUGAUCGGGCAAAGCUGAGGAGACUGAAAAGAUGAGAGCAGGAUGGUGUUUGCUGUGUGCUCACCCUGACUCUCCUAACCGUUCUCUCUACAGGAUGACACAUUUUCUCUCUCAGCCGCAUCAGUAAACAGCAGGAAUCAUCCAGCAGCCCAGAUCCUGAGCACUCCAGUGUCCCACUUGCGGAUGUAAACAAUGAGGACCCCUACUCUGCUCAGGCAGAUUUAAGGAGGAGGUAGAAAUUUAAGAGGAGACACUGAAAACAAAACUGUGAAGAAGACGUCAUCCGAAUCACAGUAUAGAGCUGAAGCCCGUCCUCCCUGGCAGAGGAUGGGUACAGCAGAGGCCACUUUACGCAUGGACAGCAUGGAGGUUAAGGACGAGUGGCAGGAUGAAGACUUCCCCAGGCCACUGCCAGAGGAUGAAUAUGUUGAUUCUUCAUGUGGUCUUACUGACCACAGAACCGAUCCUCCCACCACUCUGAAUGUGGGCAUGUCUGUGGCCCAGCAUAAGCGGCGCACUCUGGUCGCCCCCACCAUGAACCUCUCCCUGGAUCAGAGCGAGGGAUCGGUCCUCUCUGAUGAGUUUCUGGAAACGCCAGACGAUCUGGACAUCAAUGUAGAUGACAUCGAGACUCCUGAUGAGACCGACUCGCUGGAGUUCAUCAACAACGGCAACGAGCUGGAGUGGGAAGAUGACACUCCUGUGGCCACUGCCAAGCGUCUUCCAGGUGAAAAGGAAGAGGAGAGUGACUCAUCCGGUCGUCUAUGGCGAACAGUGAUCAUCGGAGACCAGGAGCAGCGGAUUGACAUGCAGGUCAUCAGACCAUACCUGAGGGUGGUCACACAUGGAGGUUAUUAUGGAGAGGGUCUGAAUGCCAUUAUCGUGUUUGCAGCCUGCUACCUUCCUGACAGCGGUUGUGAGGACUACACGUACAUCAUGGAGAAUCUCUUUCUGUAUGUCGUAAGCAGCCUGGAGCUGCUGGUGGCAGAAGAUUACAUGAUUGUUUACAUGAAUGGAGCAACACCUCGUAGGAAGAUGCCUGGCAUCGGCUGGCUGAAGAGAUGCUACCAGAUGAUUGACAGGAAAUUGAGGAAGAAUCUAAAAUGUCUCAUCAUUGCUCACCCGACGUGGUUCAUCCGGACCGUCCUGGCCAUCUCAAGACCUUUCAUCAGCAUGAAGUUCAUGGACAAGAUUCGUUACGCUCACACCCUGAAGGAGCUAAGCCAGAUCAUCCCCAUGGAACAUGUGCAGAUCCCUGAGUGUGUGUUGCAGUAUGAUGAUGAGAAGAUACAAGUACAAAGGGAAAGAAUUGAGCAAGAGAAGCCCGGCUCAACACUUCCUAAAGAAAGGCCGAAGUCGAUGAUAGCAGAGGUUGGCCGUGACAUCUGACAUUAAGAGCUUAAAAUGGAAGAACCAAUGGGGGACAUUGAUUCAUUAAAACGAGAGCCAGCUGAGAUCCCCAUCACACGCUUGUUGCACAGGAUUAAAUCACCUGACUGGAUCCAUUAGCUGCAAGACAAUCAUUUCUCUAAAACAAUAUUUUCAGUGACAUGCUUGCUUCUAACUAAAAGUUAAUUUAAGCCAAAGUAUUAUAAUACAUGGCCAAAUCAUAAUGCAUUUGCUCUAUGCAUGUCAAGUUGAGCUUUAUCUACAGCAUGACUUCAGCUUCAUAAAUGAAAAAUUGAGGACAUGAAUGAAUACGCAAGCAUCUUCCAACAAGCAGGGGAUAUUGUCCAUUUCAACGUGUACAUACUUGUAUAGAUAUUUUUGAGAGAGGUGUUUGCACAGAUAUUUGUUUUUUUGAUAUGAGUGGCAUGGGUAUUUUUUGGUUUAAUGGUUGUUUGCUGAAAAAUAAUGUGCAAUGAUAUUUUUCUGUUUAGAACUACAGUAUGAUGCAAACAUGUGUUACAGUCUUUAAGUUUUCCAGAGUUGAUAUGCAGCUGGCAUGCUUGUUUAUAGCCAUGUCUUCAUUUGUUUAUGUCAUACGCCAUCAUGUUUUAAAAGGUACUUUACAAGAUGGAAAACAUAUGUUGUUACAAAUUAAAUUAACUAUAUUUAAAGAGAAA